UGUGCGUAUGUGUGGGUGUGCAUGUGAGUGUGUGCGUGUACGCGUGGAUAUGUAAUUGUUUUGAAAUCGUUUUUCCUUAUAUGCAAUUUUUCUUAUACGAAGAGAAGAUAUAUAAAAAGAGAGAUAUAUAUACUAACGCAUACAUAUGCGCAGCGUGGGAGAAGGAUAACAUGCGCCGGCGCGUCGUCGAAGCGCAUGCUCCGAAAUCGACACAACAAGGUUCGGGGCUUGGGGUUAAUAUUCGCUCGAGUAGGCUAGCCUAGCGUGGAAGAGAGGCCGCAGGUGGUCGAUCGUUACCGAGAGGUAUACCAUAGCCCGGGGACUGUAACGUCCUUUGAAUUUCGUUACGAGGAUUUUAUCUUCUAAAGGAAGAGGAAUAAGGAUUUAAAUGAUGGGGAAUAUAAGAAGUAUUUGUCGUUUUCAAAGAUAAAUGUAAUAAAAGAUUUCUGAAAAUUACGUUGAUAUUGAGAACAAAAGAGAAAAUUAUUUCAAUUAUUAUGAUGACCGAGAAAACGAGCUUAUCGUUUCAAUCGCCUACGAUGGAAGAGCACGAAAGAAAUCUGAUGACAGGAACGUUGGAGCAAAGAAAAGAAGCAUUCAAGGAGGACGAAGAACUCAUGAGGGAAACGACGAAAUUUGUGACGGAGGUUAUCGAAACAGCGGCCAUAGAAGCUUCCAAAAGGAAGGAACAAGAGGAGGGAGGUGACUUUGGCGAAGGCAGUAGUUUGAAAGGAGGCAAUACCAUCGCCGGCUGGAACAACCGAGCCCGUGGCUUCUGCAAUCGAAUUUUGAACGCACUUUGCCCGUGCUUCAGCAACAAUGAACUAUUCAACUGGACACCAUACCGAUAUCGCUUCACGAGACCCUAACCGUUCACCGACGGCACGAACUUCCGUUUCUUCGUUGAAUGAACGAGGUCCCGAGUAUUGUUACGAGAAAUCGACACCGAGAUGACGAGCCUAUUUAAAUCAUUCGAUGACAAAAUAAAUAACGUAAUGUCAAUUUUUGACGUGAUAGUUGGAGACACUCUGAUUGCGAAUAAACACGUCUUAUGUGGAACUCCUUCAAACGAGAAUAGAUAUUAUUACGGAUAUCGAUGUUCCUCUACGUUUGAAAAUCUUUCCAAUCGCUUUACGAUGGUUAGGGGAUAUUCGAUAAGGAGGAAGGGGGUGGGGGGGGGCGGGGGAAGAAAAGAAAAGGAAAAAAAAAGGGAUGCAAUUAAAUAAUAUCUUAAGUUUUCGUCGCCUAUCGAUCUUACUCGUAAUAAUCAUAUAUCCUUUUGAUUUAUUUUUUGAACUCUGUCAAUAAAAAAAAAUUAUAAAAUUACUUUCUAACCAAGGCUCUCUAAAGCUUUUGCUUUUUUUUUUUUUUUUAUCGUUACUAUGCUUCUUUUUUCCUUCUUUCUUCUUUUCUUCUCUUUUUAAUAUUUUAUUUAUUAUUAUUCUUUUUUUUCCUUCAUUUUUUUUUCUUCCUUCUUUUUUUUUUUUUUUUUUUUUUUUUUUUUUCUUUGUCGUAUCUCUUAGCUAUCGUGUUAAUAAAUAAACGUAUACGCUUAUCCAAACUAAUACCUGUCUGAAACGAGAUCAAUCUUUUAAAGUAAUUAUCAACGGCGUAAUUGUUAAUGUUCCAAUAAGACCGACUGCUAUGUGUACAAUGCUCAUGUUUAGUUUAUAGUAAAAGAGUGAGUUCUUUUAAGGAUUCAGCAACUGACGUCCACCUAAUAGACGUAUCUAUAUAACUUUACUCUAUGAGAACAUUUAAUGCCGCUUAAGUGUUCGCAUAACGUUUUAUGGCACGUAAAAUAGAGAAGAGAAAGAGAGAGAGAGAAAGAGAGAGAGAGAGAGAGAGAGAGAGAGAGAGAAAAAAUGAAAGUUCAUCAAUGUCAGUAUGGUGUUAAUAUAUAUAUACAGGCUCUUUUUUUUCUUAACUAUUCUAUUUUAUGACUCGUAGAAGAUUAUAAUGUCGCGAUGAAGCGACCCGGAAGAAUGAGCGUUCCAUUAAAAUUAUAAAACAUCGUGAUUGUAUUCGUUAACUUCAAUAGUUAUAAAACAAAAAGUUAAAUAAGUUAAAAAUAAAUCUCUCUAUUUCUCUUUCUCCCUCUCUUUCUCUCUUUCUCUUUCUCUCUCUCUCUCUCUCUCUCUCUCUCU